UUAUAUUCCAAUCGUUGAAGCCUAAAUUUCGAAAUAAUACGAUUAAACUAAGAAAACAGUCCCAAGAAAAGAUGCAAGAUCAUACAGUGGAUAAUUUAAAAAACCUGCAGUCGCUCGGAUCAGCUGAAAAUUUUGGACAAGUUGGUUGGAGGUUUCCGUCAAUUAAAUGCGUGAUCAAUCAAUUCCAGCAAACAAAAAUAAAAAUUGUGCAUUUAUAACCAAGUGUAGCAUCACCAAAUCUGGAACAAUCUCGCUUUCUUUCUUCUCAGCUUCGGAAAUGGAGGAUUUCCUCGGGCUGCGACGGGCUUUCCGGGCCGGCAAAACUAGGGGGAUCGAGUGGAGAAUGGGCCAGCUUCGGGCCCUUUUGAAGCUCGUUGCAGAAAAUGAGGCCCGAUUUUUUGAAGCUCUUGAGCAAGAUCUUGGAAAACACCCAGUUGAAGCUUAUCGAGAUGAGAUUGGUGUGAUUAAGAAAUCAGCAGACCACGCUUUGCUUAACAUCAAGAAAUGGAUGGCUCCAAAAAAGGGAAAUCUUCCAUUGCUUUUGUUUCCUGCAAGAGCAGAAGUGCUGCCUGAGCCACUCGGGACUGUGCUCAUAUUUGGGUCGUGGAAUUUUCCAAUCAGUCUUACGCUGGAUCCUUUAGUCGGAGCUAUAUCUGCUGGAAACACGGUGGUAGUGAAGCCCUCUGAGCUAGCUCCAGCGUGCUCAUCUCUGAUUUGUCAAACGAUCCCUUUAUACUUGGACAGGGAAGCCAUCCGAGUCGUUGAAGGUGGAAGUGAUGUUGCUGAUAAAUUGCUGCAACAACAAUGGGAUAAGAUAUUCUUCACAGGGAGUCCACGAGUAGGCAGGAUAAUCAUGGCUGCAGCAGCAAAGCAUUUGACACCGGUGACUCUAGAGCUCGGAGGGAAAUGCCCGGUCAUUCUUGACUCCUUCACCGAGUCAGACUUAAAGGUGGUCAUGAAGAGAAUAGUCGGAGGGAAGUGGGGUCCCUGCGCUGGACAGGCCUGCAUCGGGAUUGAUUAUCUGCUCGUGCAACAGAAGCAAGCUCCGCAUCUGAUCGAAUCACUCAAGGCGUGCAUCAAGAAAUUCUACGGUGACAAUGUGAAGAGCUUGCAAAGCAUCUGCAGGAUCGUGAACAAGAAUCAUUUCGAUAGGUUAUGCAGCCUUCUCGAGGAGCCCAGCGUGGCAGCCUCCGUCGUAUAUGGUGGCUCACUCGACAGAGAGAAUCUGGUUAUCGAGCCCACGAUUCUGCUGGAUCCCCCGGUCGAUUCUCCAAUCAUGACAGAUGAAAUCUUCGGCCCACUGCUUCCCAUCAUCACACUGGAUAAGAUCGAAGACAGCAUCGAUUUCAUCAAUGCUCGACCGAAGCCUCUUGCGCUCUAUGCAUUCACUCACAACAACAAGCUGAAAGAUCAGAUUCUGCAGGAAACUUCAUCAGGAAGUGUAACAUUCAAUGAUACCAUGAUUCAGUUCAUAUGUGAUUCACUGCCGUUUGGAGGGGUGGGGCAGAGCGGAUUCGGGAGGUACCACGGGAAGUACUCAUUCGACACGUUCAGCCACGAGAAGGCGGUGUUGCACCGGAGUUUCUACUUGGAGCUCGAGCCGAGGUACCCUCCUUGGAAUGACUUCAAGCUGGAGUUCAUAAGAUUGGCUUACAACUUUGAGUAUGUUGGGCUGUUGCUUCUCCUGCUGGGGCUGAGGAGAAGAUACACUUCUAGCCGAGGCCAUUGAUUGGUAAUGGUGGAAAAAAUGUGUGCCAACUUAGAAACACUAUAAUUAAUCAGCAAUCAAAUAGUAGUAUUGUCUAAUUCUAGUAAUGAUUGUUCAUUUUUUUUUCUUGUUGUAAUAACCAGUGUCUUAAAGAAUUAUUAAUCAUAUUAUAUGAUAUUAUUUCUAA